GUGAUACUAAAGUAAAUAGAAUGAUAUUAAUAUAGAGAAAGAGUUGAGGUAUUUGAAUUUCUUGCGAGAAAGAAUAAUGCAGAAAUUAGACAAAAAUAAGUUCAUGGAAGUGGAGAUUCCGGUGCCUUGGGGACACGUUGCUGGAAAAUGGUAUGGACCAGCAGAUAUCAGACCAAUUCUCAUGAUUCACGGAUGUUUGGACAAUGCAGGGACUUGGGAUACUCUAAUUCCACUCCUGCCUAAAGAUGGUAUUAGCUACUUAGCCAUUGACCUGCCUGGACAUGGAUUUUCAUCCCACAUUCCUGAGGGAAUGAUCUACAGUCAUUUUGAUUAUAUCUGGCUCAUUCACCGAAUCAGAAAGAUUUACAACUGGCCAAAGGUCUCUUUGAUUGGGCAUUGUCUUGGAGCGAUAUUAUCCUUCCUGUAUGCUGGAAUAUUUCCCAAAAAUGUGGAUAUGGUAAUCAACCUGGAUGGAAUGAUUCCGUCAACUAAUCCAAGUAUUCUAAUCAAUAGAAUGAAGUCUGGACUUCAUUCGAGUUUGAUAAUAACUUCGAGUUUGAUAAGUCAUCAUCUAAUAUCAAAAUCCCAGCCAACAUAUUUCAAGGAAGAACUUGUAGAAAGGAUGAUUGCAAGUUCCUACAAUUCCCUUUCUCCUGCAGACUGUGAAUACUUAUUCAGACGAGGGAUCAAGAAAAGCUCCAGGGAACCUAAUAAAUUUACUCUAAGAAGCGAUGCUAGAGUGAGAAUGCUGGAUGUCAUAGCUCAUUCUCAAGAAGAUUAUCAUACAUUGGCGAGGGAAAUUCAGUGCCCGAUCUUAUACAUCAGUGCUGAUUUUAGAGAUACUCCUAGAUCGAGAAAAUUCAAUGAGAAUCAGAAAACGAUUGAGGAGUUUAUGGAGGAGAAUACUCCUCUGUUUGAGUACCAGGAAGUAUCAGGGAAGCAUCAUGUCCAUUUGACACAUCCAGAACGUGUUUCUGGACUAAUAACCAAAUUCAUUCUCAAGUGCAGGGCACCAAAGAGUAAAAUUUAAUUUAAAAUUUAAAGUAUUGAUAGAUUUUUAUGU